CCUACCCCUCUCUGCACGGGAGCUGGAAUCCAUGUCAACCAGAGGAGAGAGAGAAAACUUUUUCACUGCCCUUUAUAGGAACUUUAAGCUUAGCCUGCCAAAUGCCUUUAACCAAGCAGAAUUUCAGUGAGGUGCUUCUACCACCACCAGAGGCGGACAAUGCCAUGAGGGACGGCAUCAGAGAGAAGGAAGACUCUGUCUUAGCUGGGGAAGAUGCCUUUGGAUCAGUGGAGCCUGUCAAGAAGCCCACAGGCAGGCUGGUUAUGCACAGCAUGGCCAUGUUUGGCCGGGAGUUCUGCUAUGCGGUGGAGGCUGCCUUUGUUACUCCGGUGUUGCUCAGUGUGGGGCUCCCCAAGCACCUCUACAGCCUGGUGUGGCUCAUCAGUCCCAUCCUGGGCUUUGUGCUGCAGCCUGUGGUGGGAUCAGCCAGUGACCACUGCACUUCGGGCUGGGGAAAGCGGCGACCUUACAUUCUGGCUCUGGGCGUCAUGAUGCUCCUGGGCAUGGCUCUGUACCUUAAUGGGGAUAUGGUGAUCUCAGCUCUGAUCACCAAGAGAGGCCAGCAACAACGGACCUGGGCCAUAGUCAUUACCAUGCUGGGUGUGGUACUCUUUGAUUUUGCAGCUGACUUUAUUGAUGGCCCCAUCAAAGCUUAUUUAUUUGAUGUUUGCUCUCAUCAGGAUAAAGAGAAGGGUCUUCAUUACCAUGCCUUCCUCACAGGUCUUGGAGGAGCCCUGGGUUACCUUACAGGUGCUAUAGACUGGGCACAUACUAUACUAGGAAGAUUUUUGGGAUCAGAAUUCCAAGUGAUAUUCUUCAUUGCUGCUUUAGUUUUCCUCAUCUGUCUUACUGUACAUUUGAGCAGUAUCCCUGAAGCCCCUCUCAGAGAUGCCAAUGCAGAAACCAAGUUAUUGCUGAAGGUGGAUGAGCCCUACGAAUAUGGUUCCAUUGUGAAAGUCAAGAAUAGUUACUUAGAAUCAGGAUAUGCUGAAAUAAGGACCUUGCCUGAUUUGGGAAAAUCCACUGAAACGCCACAUACUGAGGUUCAGAGACGGAUGACCAUUAAGUCUCUCCUGAAGGCACUCUUAAGCAUGCCGUCCCAUUAUCGCUGCCUGUGUGUGAGCCACCUCAUUGGAUGGACGGCCUUCCUGUCUAACAUGCUUUUCUUCACUGAUUUCAUGGGGCAGAUUGUAUACCACGGUGAUCCUUAUGCACCUCACAACUCCACAGCUUACCUGACCUAUGAAAGAGGAGUAGAGAUUGGAUGCUGGGGCAUGUGCAUCAAUGCAGUUUCAUCAUCACUCUAUUCCUAUCUGCAGAAAGCCCUGCUGCCUUGCAUUGGAUUAAAAGGACUUUAUUUCAUUGGAUACCUGCUUUUUGGGCUAGGCACUGGGUUCAUUGGACUGUUUCCCAGAGUACAUUCUACUCUGGCUCUGUGCUCCCUCUUUGGUGUCAUGUCCAGCACACUGUACACUGUGCCAUUCAAUCUCAUUGCAGAAUAUCACAGGGAGGAAGAGAGUCAGAAGCAGCAGCAUAAAGGAAAAACAGAAGGCCCUGGGCGAGGGAAAGGAAUUGACUGUGCUGCUCUUACCUGCAUGGUGCAGCUGGCACAGAUCGUUGUCGGAGUGGGCCUAGGAUUCUUGGUCAGUGCUGCUGGCAGUGUUGUAGUGGUGGUGAUUUCUGCAUCUGCUGUGGCAUUGACAGGCUGUUGCUUUGUUGCUUUGUUCAUACGAUAUGUGGAAUAGAACAACACAUGGAUGAUG